UGACGUCAAUCACGGAGCUCUGACCAAUUAGAGCGCAGGGUGAUUGUUUAGCUCCACGGGCUGCAGCGCCUACCAUGAAUCUCUAUUCAGUAUCAAAGCGUCCUGCUGCUGCCUCUCAACCGAAUGGGAUUCCAUGUAGUCUGCAGAUAGACUUAACUUUAUGAAGUUUUUUUUUUUUUCCUUUAUUUUUCAUUGCGAUUAAAAUAUAUUUGUCAUCAUCAUUAUUAUUUUGCCUGCUGUCAAGUUAUUCUAAAAUUAGGAAGUAAUGAGCGUGGAUGCAUUGGGAAGCCCCGUGAUGGACCCUACGUUUUCCAAACGGAACACGGCGCUGAGAUUAGUUGACUUGGCAGGGGCUCACCACCAUCACCAUCAUCACCACCAUACCCCUCAGAGCGUGACAGGCUUCCCGGGGUUCAGCAGCCAUCCACACUCAAUGGCUCACUCGCACCCUGGGGAGAUUACUGCGGAACCCCGCCUGGGGCCGAGUCCAUUCGGGCCAGAACACAUGGGGCACUCCGCGGCCCUCAAAAUCAGCCCAGCCCAUCAUUAUCCCCACCACCAUCACCACCACCACAAUCAUCAUAUGGCAGGCCACAGUGAAGUGGUCUCCAGUCAAACGGGAGCUUUUGGCCCGGUUCAGGCGACGUCGGUCCCUUAUUCUAUGUCUCACACGGCCCAGGCUUUAUCCGCAGGUAGGGAUUUCCUCAUCCGGAGAGAUCUGACGGCUCAAGCCAUGCCAGUGCUGACUGACCAGACUGCUGGUUCAGCCUCUCACCACGGAAUGUUUGUCUCAACAACAGGUAGCUAUCCCGGACACUAUGGUCACCACCCUGACGCUGGGAACCAUACCCUCUUCUCCGGACUCCAUCACGACCAGCCUUCUAGCGGAUCACCGGGUGGCCAAGCUUUGAAUGGACAAAUAAGGUUAGGACUACCUGGAGAAAUGUACGUGAGGUCUGAUCACUUGAGUCAAGUGGCAAGCUCCAGGGCUGAUCCGUUCUCCGCCUCGUCUUUGCACGGCUACGGUGGUCUGAAUCUGAACAUGAAUCUCAGCGCCCACCAUCAUCACCACCACGGCGCCGGAGCGUUUUUCCGCUACAUGAGGCAGCCGAUAAAGCAGGAGCUCAUCUGCAAGUGGAUGGAGCCCGAGCUCUCGCCGAAGAAACUUUGCUCGAAAACUUACAGCACCAUGCACGAGCUCGUCACGCAUGUCACGGUGGAGCACGUCGGAGGACCCGAGCAGGCGAACCACAUAUGUUUUUGGGAAGAGUGUCCGCGGGAAGGCAAACCGUUUAAAGCCAAGUACAAACUUGUCAAUCACAUCCGAGUGCACACCGGCGAGAAACCGUUCCCUUGUCCGUUCCCAGGCUGCGGGAAAGUCUUUGCAAGAUCCGAGAAUCUAAAGAUUCAUAAAAGGACGCACACAGGUGAGAAACCCUUCAAAUGUGAGUUCGACGGCUGCGACAGACGCUUCGCCAACAGCAGUGACCGGAAAAAGCACUCGCACGUCCACACCAGCGAUAAGCCAUACAACUGCAAAGUGAGAGGCUGCGAUAAGUCCUACACGCACCCGAGCUCCCUGAGGAAACACAUGAAGGUGCACUGUAAGUCCCCACCCCCGAGUUCUGGGUACGAGUCCUCCACUCCGUCCCUGGUCUCCCCCUCCUCGGACCUGGGCCGAGAGCCAGGAGGCUCCUCGGUGCUGUCGGAGCCGGUGGGAGCCUCGCAACCCGCGAAUUUAAGCGAGUGGUACGUGUGCCAUAGCUCAGGUGCCAGCGGCGCCCAAACACCGCCCAGCGGGGCCUCCACACCCGACCACUCCACAGACGAGCCUCCGUACAGACACCCAGAACCAAGAGACGCGUUUUAACCCCAAAAACCUGGACUCCAACACGCACCAGAGGUGAUGAGAACAAGUUAUUUUACAAGCUCAAAACUAUUAAAACAAAAUAGUUUGGCUUUCGUGGUGCCUGUAUCUGCCACCCCCCCUCCCCUCUUUUUUUGGAUGAGCCACCAAACAGACACUCAGAGCCAAGAGACGCAUUUUUCUUUUUUUUAAUAAACCACAUUGGAAGGAAAAUGUGCAAACGUUAAAGACGUGCUAAUUUCAGGCACUAUAAAAGAAUAUAUUUUCAAACCUCAGCUUUUACGGUUCUAACGGCCCACUUGUGGAGGGAGGGAGAGAGAAAGAGAGAGAGGCGCAGAGAGAGAGAGAGUGGUGUAAAUUGAGACUCUGUGGUUCAUAACUGUAGCCUAGGCAUGUUGUUUUUGGUGUCCAAAUUAUUUUGUAAAUUCGACUUUUUCUGACUUAUGUUUUUUUUUUAAUUUAUUUUUUCAAACGUGACAUGGAAGGAUGAUGAUUUUUUUCUAUUAUAGAACCAAAGUGCAUGAUUGAAUUGGGAGGAGCAACAAAAAAGUGUAAAUUUGUACAUUUUGUAAUAAGUUUCGAUGUGUUGAUGUUGAUAGAUUUUUGGUGUAAGGAUCCGGUUUCUCUUCUGCAGUCAGAGCAGCAGCAGCAGCAGCUUCUUCUUCUGACUGCAGUUAUUUGUACAAAACGUUUUCAUGUUUACAGCAUUUUUCCUUUUUUCCACUUGAUGCAGAGAGUGAACUGGGGACUGUUUCACGCGCCUGCAGUGUUUGAUAUACACCCGUGGAAUUCUCAAUGUUUUAUCAAAGUGGGGUAUUCUGUGAUUUUUUGUAUCAUUGUCGUCAACUUUUUUCUUUUCAUCUGAAAUGAGCGGCACUCUAAAUGCGUACCGAAUUUGCCUUGUAAUUUGUGAAAGAUUUUGAAUAAAUCUUGUAUGACAAAAACCUAAAACAGCCAUCAAAUUUAAGUUUCGCCAAAAAAAGUCACUUUUUUAAAUCAAUAUUUCCAUAAAAAGGAAACGUUUGCUUCUUUUUACGCACAGGUCAUGGUAAAAAAAUGUAGAUAGAAGUGCUUGACUUCAAAGAAAGAGAAGUCUUUUUGUCUAAUUUUCCAAAGUGUAAAGUCUUACUUUCUGUGGUUUGACGCAGACGUGGGCAGAGUUUGAUAAAAAAAAAAGGAGGAAAAAAAAGGCUACAAUAUUCUGAUCCAGACUUCAAAGAGCAUUUCCUACAAAGAGCCAUUUUUUUUCACGACGGUGAAUCCUCAUGGUGAAUUAAGAUUUCUAAAGCAAUAGCCAAGUCAAACUCAAAUGAUAUGGGGCCAAGUCCGUGGACUGAAAAGCCCCGCUCUAAAGAAUGUAAUAUUUGCGUCCCAUGGGGUAGGAAACGGUAAUCUAUGUCCUUUAUAUUGGAGACGAGGGCAGUAUAAAGAAGGAAAAAUAUAUUCUUUUGCUUCAAGGCCUACUUUACGACAAUCAAAGGAGGCGCCGCUCAAAAGCAGUUGUCCCACAACAUAAUAGACUUUGCACUGAGCUGCUCCAUGUUUAAAUUUCAACAUAA